CCUGUAAUCUGCAAGACUUGCCCCUUUGACUUCCUUUCUAUUUUAACCCUCAACUCUUAAUGCCUGGCAGGAGCCCAUCGCCACCCUGCGCCUCAUUGGCCACCGGGGAGGGAUUUGCUGGGUACUUAAAUGUCACCUUCGUGUCCAAAGAGGAUUGUGUGCUUUGGAGUUUUCCUGGGGAGAGGUGGCUUUUGCCUCCAUCACCCACACAAGGGCAGUUGGGUUCUUCCCAACAAGCGAUCCCUGCAGCGCCACCGACACCGAGACUCUAAAGGCAAGAAGCAGGAGUCAAGAGAAAGCCCUCAAAUUCCACCAAACACCCCUUGCUUUGGCUGCAAAGUGAGUGGAGAUGGGCAACAUGGAUGGGAAAUCCGUGGAGGAGCUGAGCACCACCGAGUGCCACCAGUGGUAUAAGAAGUUCAUGACGGAGUGUCCUUCGGGCCAGCUCACCCUCUACGAGUUCAAACAGUUCUUUGGCUUGAAAAACCUGAGUCCUGCCGCCAACAAAUACGUUGAGCAAAUGUUUGAGACGUUUGACUUUAACAAGGAUGGCUACAUAGAUUUUAUGGAGUACGUGGCAGCUCUGAGUCUGGUCCUCAAAGGGAAGGUGGACCAGAAGCUGCGGUGGUACUUCAAGCUCUAUGAUGUGGAUGGGAAUGGCUGCAUUGACCGGGGAGAACUGCUGAACAUCAUCAAGGCUAUUCGAGCCAUCAACCGGUGCAACGAAACGAUGACGGCUGAGGAAUUCACAAACAUGGUGUUUGACAAAAUCGAUAUAAAUGGAGAUGGUGAGCUUUCCCUGGAAGAGUUCAUGGAGGGCGUGCAGAAGGAUGAAGUGCUGCUCGACAUCCUCACCCGCAGCCUGGACCUGACACACAUCGUCCGCUUGAUCCAGAACGAUGGGAAGAACCCACACGAGCCGGAGCAGGAGGCAGAGGCUGCCCAAUAGGCUCCCGGGAUGCUUUCCCUUUGUCUCUGCUUUCCCCCCUUUGCAUCCUUAAAACAAAUGUGUUUGUGGGAGCUGCCCCAGCACCAGUGCAGCCAGUGAUAGACUAUAGGGACCAGGGUCUGCU